CUUCCUUUUUUUUUAUCUCACCUUCAUUUCUCUUUUCCUAUUUCCUCCUCCUUCAGAAAUUCCUUUAGUCUUGUUUUUUCCUCCUACUGCUACUAUUUUCCUCGCUUCGUCCUUCACAAACUGGCUUUUUUCCUCAUUGUUUCACCAGCAUCACCAAGAACACCAACACUCUUCUCAUCACGUCCUUAAAUUCCUGUUUUGUUUGGUUUUUCACCUGAUCCUGCAACCACCACCACCACCACCACCACCAUUACUACACCAGCACAUCGUCCACCUUCACAACCCAACAAACUUUUACCUUCGAAUCACCACCACCACUAGUACACCACCACCACCACUACACCACAACCUUCACUAACAAACCCUCCAAUCACCAAAACACACAAAAAUGCCUUCUAAACACACCGUAUCUUUACUGCACCACCCUUACUACCUUCUCCUGACCUUACUGCACCUCAUAGCCGCUGCCAGGCCCUACACCGUUGACCUGGAGCCCUCAGCACUGGACGCAACACUCAGCCUCUCCUCACUGCUCAGAACUAAAAGAGUAACGAAACAAAACCACGCUGGACUGAAUCUAACAUGGCCGGAUAGAAAAGUGGUGACGAUGGAUGGUGAUUUGAUCCUCGGGGGGCUUAUGAUGGUGCACGAAAGGCAUAAUGACGUGGUGUGCGGCCCUAUCAUGCCCCAGGGAGGUGUACAGGCGCUAGAAGCAAUGCUGUACACUUUGGAUUUCAUUAAUGAUCAAGUGGACUUCAUUCCCGGCGUGAGACUUGGGGCGCAUAUCCUGGACGACUGUGAUAAGGACACGUAUGGACUGGAGCAGGCUGUUGACUUCAUUAAAGGCUCCAUCAGCAACAUUGAUGACGGGGAGUACAAGUGUCGUGAUGGGUCUUCUCCUGAGGUACACUACAAGGUUAUCUCCGGAGUGGUGGGCGCCGCUUCCUCCGUCACCUCCAUACAAGUGGCUAACCUCCUCCGCCUCUUCAGGAUUCCACAGGUGAGUUUCUUCUCCACGUCUCCGGAGCUGAGCAACAAGCAGCGUUUUGAGUACUUUUCCCGCACCAUCCCGUCUGACCACUACCAGGUGAAGGCAAUGGUGGAGAUCGUCAAGAGGCUCGGCUGGUCUUACGUCUCCAUCAUAUACGAGGAGAGCAACUAUGGCAUCAAGGCCUUUGAGGAACUGGAAGGCCUUCUCUCCACCAACAACAUUUGCAUCGCGGUAAAGGAGAAGCUGGUGAAGGAUUCUGGCGUGGCGGAGGAGGGCGCCUAUGAUCACAUCGUGCAGCGGCUCCUUCAGAAACACCACGCCAGAGGCGUCAUUAUCUUCGGUUCAGACCAGGAGGUGGCUGGGGUGAUGCGCGCCGUCAGGAGAAACAACGCUACGGGCAGCUUCUCCUGGAUUGGCUCUGAUGGAUGGUCUGCCCGCUCCUUGGUCUCCUCCGGCAAUGAGGCUGAGGUGGAGGGCACGCUGUCAGUACAACCCCAGGCGAACUCCGUGAGAGGCUUCGAUAACUACUUCCUCAGUCUCACCGUGGAGAAGAACAAGAGGAAUCCAUGGUUUGUAGAGUAUUGGGAGAACCACUUCGACUGCCGUUACCCCAACUCCUCCCUCACGCCCUACAACGCAGCCACCACCAAGGAAUGCACGGGAGAGGAACAGCUGAGAGCCAAUAACACACAAUUUGAGGCGCAGCUGCAAUUUGUGUCAGACGCCGUGAUGGCCUUCGCAUAUGCCUUCAGGGACAUGCACCGUGACCUGUGUGAGGGACGAGGCCUGUGUGCUGCCAUGAACCCUAUUGACGGAGAGCAGCUGCUGUCCUACCUGCGCAAAGUUACGUUCACAGGUCUGAGCAAGGACAGUUUUAAGUUCGAUGACAACGGUGACGGGCCAGCGCGCUACAACAUCAUCCACUUCAAGCAAGAUCCCCGUGGUCGCUACGUCUGGACCACUGUGGGCACGUAUAUUGAGGGAGAACUCCGGCUGAACAUGUCUGAGCUGCAAUUCAAGAUAGACGAGCCCCAGCCCCCCUCCAGCGUGUGUUCCCUGCCUUGCCUCACUGGACAAGCCAAGAAGUACGUGGAGGGGGAGUCCUGCUGUUGGCACUGCUUCAAUUGCUCCGCUUAUCAGAUCGUGAAUCCGCGUGACGAGACCCAGUGCCUCACCUGUGCUUGGGGGACUCUACCUGAUGCUGACCACCUCCACUGCAACCCCAUCCCGGAGGUGUACAUCCGCCCUAACUCAUGGUGGGCAAUAGGCGCAAUGCUGUUCUCCUCCCUGGGCGUGGUGGUGACGGGCGUGGUGGUGCUGGUGUUCGUGAAGCACCAUGAUACGCCAGUGGUGCGGGCCUCGGGAAGGGAACUCUCCUAUGUCCUCCUCUCUGGAAUCCUCCUCUGCUACUCCAUUACUUUUGUCUUUGUGCUGAAGCCCUCCACCGUGGUUUGCGCUGUUCAGAGAUUCGGCCUCGGCUUCUGCUUCGCCGUGGUGUACAGUGCCCUGCUCACCAAGACAAACAGAAUAGCAAGGAUCUUCGACGCAGGGAAGAGGACAACCAAGAGACCCUCGCUGAUCUCCCCGCGCUCCCAGCUCUGCAUCUGCUCUUGCGGCAUCUCUGUGCAGGUGGUGGUGACCGGAGUGUGGUGUGUGGUGAGCCCGCCCCGCGCCAUACAUCACUACCUGCAGAGAGAGAGCAACUUCCUGGUGUGUGCUGCCUCCAUCAACGCCUCCUACGUCAUUGCUUUCGCCUAUCCCAUUGGCCUCAUCGUAGUGUGCACUGUGUAUGCUGUUCUCACCCGCAAGAUCCCGGAGGCUUUCAACGAGAGUAAGCACAUUGGCUUCACUAUGUACACCACCUGCAUCAUCUGGCUGGCCUUCGUGCCCAUCUACUUCACCACCGCUAACAACGUAGAGCUACGCAUCACCGCCACCUCCGUCACCGUGUCCCUGUCUGCAACGGUGGCGCUGGUGUGUCUGUUCACGCCGAAGCUGUACAUCAUCCUGCUGCACCCGGAGAGAAACGUGCGGCAGUCCAUGAUGACCAAGUAUUCCACCGUCAGAAACAACCUCUCCUCCUCCUCACAGCGCGUCGACUCCGCCACACAGAGCGAAGUCUUCCCAGUGGAUUAUGAACUACACGAGAAGCUGAGGAGCAUGAGUGGAGGGCAGACACGCUCCACCUCCUCCACUCAGACGUGCUCCUCCUCCUGCCCACUCCCGGAGCAUCGGUGUGGAGCAGCCGUCACGCUCAGCCCCUCCCGCAACCCACCUUCCUUCAAUGGUCCCGUGCAAGAUGUCCCAGAUGUCCAGUUGUAGGAGGGAUGGAGAAUGGAGAAGGAUAGAAGGAUGGGUUGAUGGGUUACUCUAUUUCUUGUCUUGUCUUUUUUUUUUCC